GGGUGAGGGAGAGGAUCCGCCCUGUGAGCGCCGCUAACGUGAAUCUCGCCACUUCUCGCUCACUCACACUGCAGCGGUUUGGUGCAGCGGUUUGGACUCUCGUCUGUCCUUCAGUCUUACAGGUCCUCUAGCUCUAACUCAAACAGAAAAGCUUCCCGGCGCAGACACUGACAGAAACCACUGCCUUUGAACCAUGAGGAGGUUUUCGGUGUGGCCUCUUGUGGCCCUUUUCUCGCUGUUAGCACUGAGAGGUCUGGCACAGGAUCUCAGCCUGGCUGACGCUUUAGAUGAUGAUGAUGACAAGCCACCGUCUCCUACUCCAAAACCCAAGGCAAAUGACCAGCCUGGAGGAGCUGGUACAGGUGGAGGACUUAAGCUUGAAGACUUUUUUGAUAAACCUACCGAAAAGCCUGCUGUCAAGCCCAAAGACCCUGUCAAGCCCAAAGACCCUGUUAAGCCCAAAGACCCUGUUAAGCCCACGACCAAACCCAAACAAGAGGAGACCCUUGCUGAUUUCUUUGGGCCAACCGUGCGGCCUGCUUUGUUGCCCCGCACAACCUCCAGACCCCUCCGCACGUCUGCCCCGCCUCACAAGCCCGGUCUACCUGACUUUAACCUUGCUGACGCUUUGCUUCCUGAAAAUGACAAGAAAAAUCAAGAGGACAAAGACUUUGGAGGAGGUGACAACAGGCCCAGCACCCAUGGUGGAAACGGUGGAGGACAGUUUACAGAUGAUGACCUAGAAGACUUGAGUAAAGGUGGCCGCUACCAUCCUGACAAAGGGAAAGGAGGUUCCGGUGGUUCCGGAGGUUCAGGUGGUGUUGUGGACCCUGCUGAUGACGGUGAUUAUGACAGCAUGGCAGAGACUGGCACCAUUGCUGGUAUUGUAAGUGCUGUUGCCAUGGCGCUGGUUGGUGCAGUCAGCAGCUAUAUCUCUUACCAGAAGAAGAAGUUCUGCUUCAGCAUACAGCAGAGUCUGAAUGCAGAUAUGGUUAAAGCAGAGAAUCCAGAAGCCGUCGUGGCUCAGGAGCCUCAAGUUCAGCAAACUCUCCUCCAGCCCCCCAAUGCUGAGCCGCCCACAGAAGACAACGCGGUGUAAGCUGUGAUACGUCUCCCAGCCUGAAGAGGGAGCAGUGCUCAAUGCAUACACGCUCUCAGUGGGGAAAAACCAUCUGCUUUGUCACAAAGUCAAACUUUCUGUGAAUAUUUGUUUAACUGUUUGCCUUCAUUGUCACUAAUAUGACUGUUUACAAUAUUAUUCCUAUGAAGUUGAAAAUUGUGCAGAAGUUUAUUGUGUUGCUAAUUGAAAGUACAAACUGAGACAAACUAUUCAUGCAUUAGUGCUGCUCCAGCUUUUUGUUUCCUUCACACGUUUGUGUGAAAGCAUCACUGUGUAACUAGUGUGUAUCAUUAAUCCACAGUCUGUGAUUGGAUUAUCCACAUAAUGGUAAAAUAAGUACUUCUACAGGAAAAGCUUUAGAGCAGGGAAGCCUGACUGUGGUCCUGUAUGAUUACUGUCCAGUACAGUUUGGGAAUUUUCCUGAAUCACACCUUCUUUAUCUCCUUGGGUCAUUACUCACGAGUGUUAGGUGAGAGAAACCAUCACACUGUGGAUGAGUUCAGGAAUUGAGGACCAGAGCCAGGCUUUCCUGAUUUAUAAAUUGAUUGUUGAUGAAGGUGACCUUAAAGUAAUUCCCAGUUGCUUAAAGGUUUAUUAUCUUUUUCAAGCACCUAUUUCCUAUUUCACAUUUUAAAAAAUGACAAUGAUUUGUACAUUUGUGCCCUGCUUUUUUUCAGAGCCAUGUGAAUUAAUUGUUGUAUAUAGGCAGUUUGUUUGUGCCCUGGAAUUGAACAGGACUUUUGAGAAGCUUACAGAAAACUGAAGAUAGCUGCUCACAGUUUAAUUUGCUUUAAAAAAGUGACUGACAAUUGGAAGUGAGCUUACAUGUAUCAAAAGCUGGUUGUGUUGAAGAAACCUUUGCUAAUUUGUUGUUUUGUGUGUGAGAGUGUGUGUGUGUGUGUGUGUGUGUGUGUUUACUGGUACAAAAAUGGUAGCAGAUUUUUCAGAGGCGAGCUUACUGUAAUGAAGACAUCCAAGUAUACUUGUUUGGAAUAUGUAGAAACUAAAGUCUUACAUGUUAGCACAAACAUGUUAUGUUUUUUUUCCUUAUUAGGGAAUUUGCCGUUUUGGAAUUUUUUAAAGAUAUUGUGCUUGUAAAAUGUGCUUUGUGUGUUAUUCAUGUUUGUACUCAAAUGGUUGUAUUGGUGUAUCUUUAUAUACACUUGUAGCAGUGUAGCUACAGUACAAUAGAUUUUGUUAGCAGUCAUAUUAAUAGUCAUAUUAAGUGUAUGGGAUUAGAUUUUUGUCUUUGAUCCACUUACAUUCUAUUGUCCCUUUUACAGUUUUGCUGGGUUGGCUGUGUUCCAAUUGGUCUGUGUUUGGUAACUUCCUCCCUUCACUCAAACAUUGUGUUUGACAAGGCUUGGUUGCGCUGUAUGAACGGUUGUUUUCCUCAGCUUUGGAUUUACUUGUAGGGCCCAGAGGUUUUUGGAGUUUGAAGAGGAGGCAGUAAAAGAUUUGGAACACAGCCCUGUUUUCCUUUCCGAGGUUCCCCAGUUUUUCCCGUCACCUGUCACCUCCCUGCCGAGCUCAAUUCUGCUGCACCUUCUCUAUCUUUUUAGCCACUAGCUGCUGGUGCUUCACUUCUUAGGCCUUAUCCUGUUAAGCGGCCGCACUAUCGCAAAGGAGAGUUCAGUAUGCUGACUGUAUCAGCUUCAGCUGAAUGUGUAUGUGGUCGAACUCUUGGUAGGACAGUUCAGUGUAUUACAGAAGAACACAGACAGAACAUGCACAACGCAUCAUCUAAAUAUGGUUGAAUGUCCGCUUGUACGCAACACAUCAACAAUGUCACGUCCUAUUGAGAGUUCCAGUCGAUGUUUAUAAUCUAACAGAAUGUAAUUUUUUUUACUCUGCUGCAAUUUUCUUGAACACUUUAACGUAGCAUCUCUGGUGUUACUUUUGGCAAAAAUGUAAAACACCAAAGACAAGGCAAUGACGAUGUGAUCUUGUUCCUUUGUGCGUUUUUGCCUCAGAUUGUGGUGACUGUUCAGACUUGGUUUGUAGCGAAAUUUCAAAUUCACAAAGGCCUUGAAAAACGUACAUUUUCAACUAUUUAAAAGCAGUGCGUUCUUUGUAAUUGACUGUUAAAUUUCCCCGGCAUGGUGGAUUUUAAGGAUGUACUGUGAUCAGUGUGGCUACGUCUGUGAAUCAAGUUAUUGAAAAGGCCAUGAGUUGGAGGUUGCAUUUGGUUUCUAAGGAAUUCUGGGCUCUUGGUGUCUUUUGGAUAGGAACUGCAAAACAUUUUCUAUAAGGGUGAAAACAGAUGCAUGCUUAGAUUCUUUAGCUGUAGACAGUUUUUCUUGCUUACUGCAUUGACGUAUGGACGGGUUCUGUAGGGAAAGAGUUUUCUGAAGUGUUUUGGAUUUGCACUGCCAGUGAAGUGACAUAUUUACCACCAACACCACAGAUCAAAUUGAAAUGUUAUAGUGUAGGACUUUGCAUUGUCUCACCAGUGCCUGUUCACUCCAGUCCAGACUCAUUGCUGAGACAUAGACUCCAUCAUGUGAAAGCAAGAGGUUAUUUAAGAUCUACUGACAAUCUUCUGCUUCAAUUUUCUACUUGUAUUUGGCAUUAAAGAUCUGUUUUAAGUCUCAAUUCUCACUGGCAAUACCUGAUAGAAAGAGAUUAACAUGAAGAAAAAACAUAAUAAAAAAUACUGAAAAUGAA